GGCCUGCGGUGAGACUUCCGGCCGACAGGUGGCAGCAGCGCGCGGCAGGAGGUGCGGCGGACCGUAGAAGAAGAAAGUGACGGAGGAGGAAUGGCGGCGCCCAGCGCGGCUCCGCCGGCGGACUGACGCUAGAUCCGGCCUGUUCUGGAUUAACCCACUGUGGUCCGGUCUGUUCUGGAUUAACCCACUGCGGUCCGGUCUGUUCUGGAUUAAUCCACUGUGGUCCGUUCAGUUCUGGAUUAAUCAGCUGCGGUCUGGUCUGUUCUGGAUUAAUCCGCUGCGGUCCGGUCCGGGAUGGGGCGUGUGCGGCCGGUGGUGGAGGUGGUGCAGCUCGGUCUGCUGUCUUACCGGCAGGCUCUGCAGGUGCAGCAGGCGUGCGUGAUUCGCCAGCGGGAGGCGCCGGCUCACACGCUGCUGCUGUGCGAGCACCCGGCGGUCUACACCACCGGGCUCCGGCAGCAGCCCUACCCCCCCCACCUGCUGCAGCGGCUCCGCCUGCUGGGCGCCGACGUCCACCAGACCAACCGAGGAGGCCUCAUCACCUUCCAUGGCCCGGGACAGCUGGUCUGCUAUCCCAUACUGCACCUGGGCAGCUUCAAGAAGAGCGUGCGCUGGUACGUGGCCGAGCUGGAGCACACGGUCAUCUCGGCGUGCAGCAGGUUUGGCGUGGCGGCGUCGACCUCGCCUCACACCGGCGUCUGGGUCGGAGACAACAAGAUCUGUGCUAUCGGGAUCCACUGCGGCCGCUACGUCACGUCUCACGGCUUCGCCCUGAACUGCAGCACUGACCUGUCGUGGUUCGACCACAUCGUGCCCUGCGGCAUCGAGGGCAAAGGCGUGACGUCGCUGAGCGUGGAGCUGAACAGGAAGGUGUCACCGCAGGAGGCGGCGCCGCACCUGCUGGAGGCCUUCAGAGAACGCUUCGACUGUGAGCUGACUGAGGGCAGCAGCCUGCCGCCGCACUGAGCGCUCCAACGUACAGACCGCCCUGAAGUCAGCAUGACGUUCGGCUUCUCUGGUUAUGAGCCUUCCACUGAGCUCCACCUCCUAGUCACACAUCAUAUCAGCUGCUUAGAAACACCUUAACACCUGCCUAGAAACCCCAUAGCAACUGUCUAGUACACCUUAGCAACCACCUAGAGAGACCCUAGCAACAACCCAGAAACAACCACCUAGUGCAUGCUAGCAGCUGCCUAUUAAACCCUAGCAGCCAUGUAGCACACCCUAGCAACCGCCCAGAAAACCCCUGGCAACCCUCUAGAACAAAAUAGCAACUGCCUAGAUACACCACAGCAUCUUCCUACAAACACCUUAGCAACCACCUAGUACAGCCCACCAAGCAGCUAGCACAACCCAGCACACACCCAGAAACACCCAGAAACAGCCCAGGGACGUCCUGAACCCAGCCGCGCGCUGCACCCUGAGGAACAGCCAACUCUCAGAGUUUUUUAAAACUGUUUUCUUCUCAGUGUCUCAGAUGCGGCGGCACAAGCUCCGCCCCUCACAGACGAUUGGCUGGAUUUCACGUCAUGUGACGGCGGGCGGAGCAGAACAGAGACGGAAAUCAUAACAAACCCCUGUGUCUGCUGACGGGACGGGCUGUGUGUGUGCGUGUGUGUGUGUGUGUGUGUGUGUGUCUGUGUGUGUGUGUGUGUGUGUGUGUGUGUGCUGAUGAGUCGGACUGGUCAGGAAAGUGAAACUGACUUCAACAUUCAACAGCCACGUUGCCUUCAACUCUAUAAAAAUAAAAUAAUUUGGUUAUUUUCAG